UACCUCUUCAGCUGUUUCGCUGAUGCAAUGCUUGCCAUCAGUUCACUGAUCACCACAUCUUAACCACAAUUAUUGUUUAGUGUCUCAAGAAUUUAAGUUUUCCAUUCACUCCAUGUGUCAGUCAUUGUGUCAAUUCGUGUCUUAAUGUCCAUCAAAGUCAGUGAUAACAAACUGUUGACAAUGAGUGACCACAAGAAGUCUGAUCUCAACCUAACACCCGUCCAGCGGCUGAUGAGCUCAUGUAUGGGCGCCACAGUCACCGCACUCUGCACUACUCCUUUAGAUGUCGUGAAGACUCGACUUCAGGCGCAACAGAAGGACUCGUUGACCGCAAACAGCAGCCAAAAGGUGGGCGCCGGUAGGCAUGCGAUUAAGGGAUCGGCAGUUGUGGCCAAUCGACUGAACGGACACUUCGGAGAGACGUUUGAAAUGUUUGUCAAAAUGAGUCGAACCGAAGGCCUGACCUCUUUAUGGAGUGGACUCCCGGCCACACUAGUGAUGGCAGUGCCGGCGACUGCACUAUAUUUCGCGGUUUACGAUGAGUUACGCGAAUCCCUUAACCGGAGCCUACAGUUAGCCCAUCAGCCCGUAUGGGUACCCGUCCUUUGCGGAGGAGUGGCUCGCACUCUGACCGCCAUAACCGUCAGUCCCAUCGAAAUGAUUAGAACUAAAUUGCAGUCAAAACACAUGACAUACAGACAAGUGGGUCGAGCGCUGGACACUCUGGUGCGGACUCAGGGCUAUCAGUCCCUAUGGCGUGGUCUCAGUGCCACCAUUCUGAGGGUCGUUCCCUUUUCGUGCAUAUAUUGGGCUAACUAUGAGUUCCUGAAGUCGCGAUUCAAUGACACACUAGAGCCCACAUUUAUGAUGAGCUUUCUGUGCGGUGCCGGCGCUGGAGCUGUAGCCUCAGUGGCGACUAUUCCCUUCGAUGUCGUCAAAACGCACCGACAGAUCGAUUGGAGUGAUUCACGCCAUCAACGAGUUUAUCAUAUUUUACGACAAAUAUACCGAAAUCAGGGCUUCAAAGGACUGUUCGCUGGUGUCGUUCCCCGUGUUAUUAGGGAAGCGCCGGCAUCUGCUAUAAUGAUCAGUGUAUACGAAGUAGCUAUGGUUAUACCAGGAAUGGGCGUCUACUUCACGUCCUACGACUUAAUGCGGGUAUACCUGAGCCAGAAGUUUGAGUGCGUGGACUCCCAGCCCGCGUGGAUUCCCGUAUUGUCCGGUGGUUUGGCCCGAACUCUGGCCGCAGUUAUCAUAAGUCCAAUAGAAAUGAUUAAAACUAAGAUGCAAUCCAAACACUUCUCGUACUCACAAGUGGGUCGUGCGGUCAGACAUAUGGUGCGCACACAAGGCUACGGCUCGCUGUGGACCGGCAUUAACGCCACGAUCCUCAGAGACGCCCCCUUUUCAUCAGUCUAUUGGUUAGUCUACGAGAAGAUGAAGAGACAACUGAACGCACCGAUAGAGCCGCCGGUGUCCGUUAGCUUCGUGUGCGGCGCCACCGCCGGAACGGUAGCCGCGCUGAUCACCCAUCCCUUCGAUGUGGUCAAAACGCACCGUCAGAUUGAAUUGGGAGAAGUGAGUCGCCACUCAACACAUCACUACAAGACUUCAGAUAUUUUAGCCAAUAUUUACAGACAGAAUGGCUACAGAGGACUGUUUGCCGGUAUAUCCCCGCGUGUUAUGCGUAUCGCACCGGCAUGUGCUAUAAUGAUCACCACUUUUGAAUGUGGAAAGGCUUACUUUAGACAAUAUAAUGACUCGAAAUUAGGAUAA